AUGGCGGAUGUUAGUUCGUUAUUAGGAGACAGCAACGGGCUCUUGGACAUUUGGUGGCUGGACGAGUGCGGUGGCCUCAAUGUAGCAAACACUGGGAAUGAUUGUCCUCGUUUUGCCGGGCUCCUCGCGUAUCUGGGUGUGUGCACACUUCCCCCGGUGGAUUCGCCCCUGACCGUUGGCGUCGUACUUCCGGUAGAGUCGCUCUUGGUCGGUGCCAGGGGUCUCAGCGUCGCGCUGCCACCGAAAUUCGAACCAAGACGCGGUGGUGGUGAUCCACCGUCACCGUGGCUCAGGCGACGACCUACCGUUUCCAGGGGACUCCUUGCCCUGAGGUUGGUGCUGCUCAGAGUGAAUUCUCUAGGCUUCAUGGGAGCCUCCAGGCUGAUAGGAGACAAUCCCAGCCUGGAACUUGACAAGUUGAUGGAACUUCUGCUCUUCUCUGAUCUCUUUGGACUGCGAGGCAUCAACGGGCUCUUGCUCUUGCUUCAAUUGUGCCUUGCUUUUGCGCCUUCGACGCUGUUCGUGUUCCUUCUGGAACAUGGUCACCUUGUAGAUAUAUGUGAGCAACGUACCGGCCUACCGUGGAAGCGAAAAGUCACUUACUCGUUUGACGCUUUUCUGAAACAGGGAGGCAAUCUGCCCCUGCCGUACUGUGUGGACCAGUUCUCUGGCAGCGUGGUGUGGCGACACCAGUUCCACGCAGUUGAUGAAUCUGUAAAGUUUCUGCGAGAAGAACAUCACGUUACGGCUGCGCCAUAUAGAGUCCUCCGGUCGGUGCCUCAGUCUGGGCAACGUGACAACGCCCAUCCCCAGGAGACAGAAUACACCGGCGACAGAGGCUACACCCAGUGGUCUGGGUUGGCUUCCCUGUUCGUGCUCAAAGCCGGCAUCCAUUCCUUCCCUUCCUCGAAUGCAGGGGUGGAAGAAGAGGCCCGCGAUGAGGGCAGCUAUAUUGGCCGUGUACGAGGCCACAAAUAUAACGGAGAAACCGCCCCAAAUGUUGAUUAAAAACUUGUUAGGCCAAGACUUCGGUGCCUUGAAUGCGACUAAAUGGCCGCAGAGAAGGCCCCACAUCACCCACAAAGCAGAGGCUAUCGAAAAGUUUUUGCUUCGUUGUCUACCCCAUGGGUUCAGGCCGAACGGGCUGAACCAUUCGUACAGUGCCACUGCUAUGGCAGUGAAGUUCAGUGACGUGAAAACGGCGAUCCACAGUUCCAUGCUGAAUGGGAAGAGGAAAGCGAACAGCGAGAUCUCGGACUUGAGCUUUGGCGCGGUGAGGAAGCUCACACCGCUGAAGUAGUACGGUGUCGUGAAGUCGACUACCUCCGCUCGGCGAGCGGACACGCUGAGCGGUGCGAAGGUUAAUUGAGCUCGACCGUUGACCAGCUCUCCCAUGAUCCCGUUCCACGUGCUACCGUUCCUUUUGCCGAACAGGCCGUCGUUCACUAGAUACAGAUCGUAACGGAAUCCUAAUUCGCGCGAUAUCAGCGACAUUAGAUCCAUGCUUAGACCGUAGCAACACAUUAGGGUGUCUCCUUGACGACAGUACAGCCCUCUCAAGCAAAGACCUUCCUGCAGAUUCGUAA